UCUCCCCACCCUCAGCCUGGUGGUGCUGCUGCUGCUGCAAGCUGCUGGUGUUGCCGUGACGAUGAUAUCCUCCCCUCCCCUCACUCACACACACACACACACACACACUCACAGGAGAGGAGAGGGAGCAAACAAGACGCUAUCAUGACGCGAUGGCUUCAGGCUGGAAAACACACACUCACACUCAUCGCCUGCGUCUCAGGGAAACAGGGACACAGCAGAGUCUGUCCUCAAUCUGAACCCUCUGUGAAUUAAAUCAACGCCAAGGUCCGUCGCUUCCCCCAAAAUCAGACCUAAAGAGGAUUGGACCGCUGCUCACUUACUCUUUUUGUGUGCUUUCUGGGAGAUGUAUAUAUCACUCCAGGACUAGAUGACACAUGGAAGCAGAGGGAUGUAUUAAAUGGACAGUUUGUGGAUUUCAGGACGCCUGCACCCUCUUUUUAACCCAACAGGAAUGUAAUGGAAUAAUGCUUCAUUGACUGCAAAUAAAGGGCAUGUCUCAAAGUGUAGCCCCUCCUUUUAGCAGCAGAGAGAGCUUUGACAAAAGUAGAUGAUUGUACACUGACAUUCCUGAAACUCGACGUCUACAUCUGAAUUUCCAGCGCUCUUUUCUGGGUGCUGUGUCCCGCAGUAAGGAGGAUACGUGGAUGUUUAAUCCCUCAGAUUUGGGGGUGUGUCUGAAUGUUUGGCCUCUUCUUCGACAUGCCUCUCCAAGGAUCCCACAUGUGCCAGGAGCUGCCGUAAGGAGUGUUUGAAUGUUUUGGCUCUAAGUCGCAGCUCCAGGAUGGAAUGAAGUGUGAGACGAGACGUUUACAAAAGUACACAAUACAACCAGACAGUAGGAAUACUUGUAUCUGAACAUCCAGCCCCUCCCCCUGGCCGCAGUGUGGAAUAAGGGGUGUGUUCGGAGGUUCACCCCCACCAGGCUGCCACUCGCAGAUGGAGGCCCACCAACACUCCCCAGAUAGCAGCAGUGAGGAGUGCACCGUCCUGGAGGCUCCGCCUGGCAAGAACACCUGCCCGCAACAUGCAGGGAAGGUGGCUGAGAUGUACUGUUCGGCCUGCGAGUGUGCGCUGUGUGAGGACUGUAUGUCGGACCAUGAGGAGCAUCCUAAGGUGCCCCUCAGCCAGGCCCUGGAGCAGCACCGCAGCAGCCUGCAGGAGAGGCUGGGGAUCGUCCAGAACAGACUCCCUCAGAUUUCAGACGCCCUGUCCUUCGUCAAGGAGAUCCUCCAGCAGCUGUCCAAUCAGAGAACUUCCAUUGAAGAGGACAUCCAGUCGAGCUUCGAGGACCUGCACAAGCAGCUGGAUGUCCGGAAGAGCGUUCUGCUGAUGGAGUUGGAGGUCACAUAUGGACUCAAACAGAAGGUCCUGCAGGCCCAGGUAGACAGCCUUAUUCGGGGAGAGGGGGACAUCACUGCUACCUGUACCCAGACAGAGGAGGCUCUGGCUGGGGAGGCGUGUGUGGCAAGCCUGCAGGCAGAGAGGGAGCUGGCCGAGAGGCUGGCGGAGCUGGCCGGCCUCGGCCUACCCUGUCAGCCGGAGGAGAACGACCAGCUGGAUCUGGUGAUGGAGACAGACGGGCUGAGGAAGUCCAUCCACAACCUUGGGACCAUCGUCACUACCAGUGCGGUGGCAAGUCAGAGUGAAGCCAUGGGUGCUGGCCUGGAGCAGUGCAUUGUGGGACAUCCCGCCUCAGUUACCAUAGUAACAAGAGACAAGUCAGGGGGAGCCUGCAAGAGUGGGAAUGCGAUCCUGUCAGCUGAGGUGUUCACUCCAGAUGGCAGCAUAGUGGACGGUGAAAUAGUGGACCACAAGAAUGGGACCUAUGAGUUUGUGUACACGGUGCCGAAGGAGGGCAACUUCGCAUUGGCUCUCCGUCUGUACGACCAGCACAUCAAGGGCAGUCCUUUCAAACUGACUGUCACCAGAGCCUUAGAGGCAGAAGUAGAGGUGUCUCCCUCCACCACCACGGCAACCAACUCAGCAGCCAAUGCCACUCCAUCCACAGGCUCCUCCGAGGGGGCCAAGAGACGAGGGAAGUCCCCUGGGCAGAAGAAGAAGGGCUCCAAAAGGGCCAGCAGCGCCCUGGGCACCCCUCGACGUAAAACUCAGAACCCCAUUGAGGAUGACCUCAUCUUUAGGAUCGGAACAAAGGGGAGGAAUAAAGGAGAGUUCACCAACCUUCAAGGAGUGGCUGCCUCCUCCACCGGCAGGAUACUGAUUGCCGACAGCAACAAUCAGUGUGUCCAGAUUUUCUCCAAUGAGGGGGAAUUCAAGAGUCGUUUUGGGGUUCGGGGACGGUCGCCUGGGCAACUGCAACGCCCAACAGGUGUGGCCGUGCAUCCCAGUGGUGACAUCAUCAUUGCCGACUAUGACAACAAGUGGGUCAGCAUCUUCUCCUGCGAGGGCAAGUUCAAGGCGAAACUUGGCUCCGGCAGACUUAUGGGGCCAAAGGGCGUAUCCGUGGACCAGAAUGGUCAUGUGAUUGUGGUUGACAACAAGGCGUGCACCGUCUUCAUCUUCCAGCUGACUGGCAAACUCAUCACCAAGUUUGGUAGUCGAGGCAACGGUGACAAGCAAUUUGCAGGUCCACACUUUGCAGCUGUGAACAAGAACAAUGAGAUCAUUGUGACUGACUUCCAUAACCACUCAGUCAAGGUUUUCACCCCCGAGGGAGAGCUGGUGUUAAAAUUUGGCUCAAAUGGUGAGGGAAACGGCCAGUUCAACGCUCCCACUGGUGUAGCUGUGGACGUUAAUGGAAACAUCAUCGUAGCUGACUGGGGCAAUAGCAGAAUACAGGUACAAUAGGUUUUUGACGGCAGUGGUUCCUUCCUCUCCUACAUCAACACGUCAGCGGACCCUCUGUACGGACCCCAAGGUCUGGCUCUGACCUCAGACGGACAUGUGGUAGUGGCCGACUCUGGCAACCACUGCUUCAAAGUCUACCGCUACCUACAAUGA